GUGUGGAAUAAACAUUGACUCGAAACUGGGAAACGGAGGUGAAUGCUUCUAAGGAUUAACCAUUCAAACGAACUGAAUGAAGGAUUUAAGUGACUGAAAGGAUUUAUCUGUUUUAGAGAAACUUUAAGCAGUUGACAAACAGAAACCAAAGGAUACAACUUAAAUUGAAUUAACAAAAUUGCAUUAAGGAAACCAAAAAAAAAAAACAACUAAGAGAUUUACAUAUACAAAGGAUAAAUUCUUAUUGAAAGAAAUAAAUCCAAAGAAAACAACAAAUAAAUAAUUCAAACAAUAAAUAUUGCUCAGUGUCGUCGGAUGCAGGAAACCCGGAGUUGGUGUUAAAUAAUAAAUAAUUCAGCACUUAUCCUUACAGUCUCCCCGACUGUCGUGUGCAGUGUGUAGAUGUGUGAGUGCGUGUUGUGGCUGCUUGCCAUACGAAUGGAGUGUUGAGUGUAUGAUUGAUAUUUAAUUAAAACGAAUAACAACACAUUCGCCACCAGACCCCAUUGAGUGUGAGUUUGAGUGAGAGUGAGUGAUUUUGUGUUUGUGCCCCAAGCAGUGUUUAUUGUGCAAAUAUCAUUAACUAUAGCAUUGGCAUUCGUAUUCAUCACACAGAUUUAUGUAAAUCAAUCUCCAUCAUAUCAACAGUGAAUAAUUGUUGCAAUGAAGUGAACAAGAAAAAAACAACUACAACAAUAAUAAUAAUGAGAUAAAAAAAUCAAGUACAUCAUUGUUUUAUAAACAAUCAGUGAUUACGAAUUGCAAAUUUCUCUCUCCUACACUUGGAUAUCAUUAAGGAAAUAAAAAAACAUCGUUUUUUUCUACAAACGCAGAAAUCUUCGUGGGGCUUAACAACCAAAGUACGCCAAAUUUAUUGUAGCUGGCCAGCAAAAAAGAUGAAGGAAAAUGAAGUGGCAUUUCUUGACGUGACUCUUAACAAAUGUUUGAAGGCAUAGGGCCAUCUAUGUUGAAGAUGCUCCUACAAUGCUUUAGAGGACAAUAACUUUUGAGAAAUGAAAUAACUAGAAAGGCGCACACAAACGCACACACACACACCCAUCAAAAGGAAAUAUAACAGCAACAACAAAUAUUCGAAAACAUGCCAACAGACUUGUGAACCAAAGAGGAUAACACAACCAUGAAGAGAUUCAUCGUCAGUGUCUCUGUCAUCAAAAUUAAUUGCACUAAGAUUUGUUAAUGUGCCCAAGUCAAGGGAGAGGCACAAAAAGUGACAUAAGUUUUUUCUCUUGCUAAUUUGGCAAACAAGUUGACUAUGUUGCCCAAACAACGACUACGAGAAGGAGGUGGAGGUCUCAAUCAGAAACGUUUGCCCCAAAAUAGCUUGAAAAAUGUCCUGACCUGCCUACUUGUGACUUUGUUGCUGCUCUUUGAAGGCCACACCAUACAGGCAACACCCAUUACAAGGUUAGGGCAGCAACAACAACAGCAAGAACAACAUCGCCAUCAGCUACACAAUCAACAUCAACAGGAGCGUCCCCACCACCAUCAGCAACAGCAGCAGAGGCAGGAGCAGCAUCAGCAGUCCCAAGAGAAAAACGGCCACGACUGUGAACACAAGAGCCUGGCCGAACUCAUCAAGAGUAGUCCCAUAAUACUUAAAGCUCUGGGUUCCCACAUCAUUACCAGCUUUGAAGAAGAUGAAGAACUGCGCUUUGUGCAAAGCAAUGGUGACGAUGGUCUUUUCUCCUCGUCCUGGCAAAGUGAGCAAAAUGAAUUCGUAAGAGGAUUCAAAAGGACUUCACCCUUGUCCUCUUCGUCCUCAUCCUCGGCGGGUUCAUCCACAUUUCCAGACUCAUUCAAUGCAAGAAGUAUGGCCCAGCUUACCGCCAAACAAAAGCAAAAUCGUCUGCAACGUUUGCAGCAUGAAAGAAUGGUGGAUGGCGACGCCAUUCUGGCGUACUCAUCCCAGAAUAGUGAUACCCUUUUAAUAACAUUGACACCGGACACCAUUUACAAAGGAGCAUCUUUGCUAAAAACUGCCACAAAUGCUGCAGUCCCGCCAUUCAACAUGCGCGGCAGCAGCUCCAGUUUUGGCAGUGGUGUUAAUAGCGACAGUGGUGGUGAUGCAAACAAUGAUGGUGAUUCAUUGUACUCCUCAACCGAAUCUAUGGUUGAAGGGCAAUUAAAUGCAACUGUUCAACCAUUAUCCUGUUUUGAUGAAAAUUUAUUAAAAAUGCUACCGACUGAUUUAAUUAUCUUUGGCAAAUUGAUAACAAUGGACCAACAACCACUACGCCAACAUCAGCAACAAAAGCAGCAGCAGCAGCAACCAAUGGAUCCAAUAAACGGUCAUCGUGGUUAUGGAGGGACAGCUAUGCCAUCCUCACCAUCAGCAUCAGCACACCAACAGCCGCAGCCACAACAGCAAAAGGAUUUGUUAAAGAUCAGCAUAAAUGGUUUGCAUCGAUGGUCACCGCAGUUCGAGAGUUACAUAUGGACACACUUGGGUUGGGAUGAUUGGAGCGACUUCACCGUAUGCAGCGUGGCCUGUGGCAAAGGAGUGCAACAACGUUUUCGGCGUUGCCUUCUCGAUAAUCCCAUGGUCGAUAUGAAAAUGAAUUUCAACGAAAUCGAGGAGGAAGAAAUCGAGGCCGAACAAGAGGAGCUCGAAGUGGAACAACAAGUGGAAGAGUACGACGAUGAUGCUGAACACAAUAGCGAUGAUUUGGAAGCUUAUGUCGAAGAGGAAAAACAAUACGACGAUAUUGAUAGAAUGAUUUUUGAGGAUGAUGAUGAUGACGAAAUCAUUGAACAGCUGAAAGCCAUCGAUAACUUUGACGACGGUCCGGAUGUAUACCACUCGGACAAUGGCCAAGCUGUUGAUGACCCCAUUGACGCUGACUUUGUAAGUGACCGUUACGAAAAAACGGAUGUUGGGCAGAAAAAACACCGACGCAGGGCACAACUAUUGCCAGCCGAUGCCAGUGCAGAGGAUGAGGAGAGUAUCGAAAUGCUUGCCCCAGCGGAUGUAUUCGAAAUGGACAACAACAUGUUGCACUUUGUGACAGCACCACCAACGCCUUUGGCAGCUGUGAAAUCACACAGUAGGUCGAGAAAAGUCAGCAACGUUGCCAAGGCAACAACGACAACAACCACGGAACAGCCCGAAAUUAUGCGCAUAUUUGAGGGCGAUUUUAACGAUGUCUACAGUGAGCGAAUUUACAAUGAAAGUCCAUUUAAUGGACCCCAGCUGGCCGAGGAGAAAAAGGAUGUCAAAACGCAUAAAAAAGGCCAGCGAACAAAACACAAACGUCAUAAAUCAGCAAAAAUAGUCAGCACCAUGUUCUGUGAGGGAUACAACAUUGAGCAGCGCACUUGUAACAACUUUGAAUGCAAUGAUGAUAUCAAUGAUUUAUUGAAAUUCUAUCGCAAGUACCCCACGACAGAGGAAACAAAUGCAGCCUCAACACAAACCCUUAAUGCUGAUUCGAAUACGGCACAAUCGUCUUCCGUGUCAUCGACAGGACCGUCAUCGGCAGCCACAGCAUCAGUGGCAAAUAUUGGCAAUGUGGCUCCAUCAACUUUGGUUAAUGACUUGGGCCCUUGGAAUAGUUUGACUGAAGCGUAUAAUCAAAAUAUGAAUACAAUAACGCCAAUACCCAUAAAUACCGGAUUUGUGCAGACAUGGCAUAAUUUGUUAAACUUCACCAUUAUGUUAACGAUACGAGCAAAGAAUGAUAGCAGCUACAAUACGGCGUCGACUUCUGCAACUGCGACGGCAACAAUAUUUUCCAUUCGCAAUGGCACACACAAUCUGUAUCUGGAGACCUAUAGGGAUGGCUUACACCUGUAUUUGGAACGAGAUAAGACCACAGAGAUGCUGCCCAUACAAUUUAAUUUGUACGACUACCGGUGGCAUCAAGUGGCCAUAAGCAUAAAGAAUGGUGAUUUCAUAACGAUAUACACGGAUUGCUCCUGGUCCAACAGUUUUGUCGUCUCGAAGCGUUUAUUUUCAUUGCCGCUUAAUGCGGAUGUAGAAGUUGGGAAAGGUUUCAAUGGAGAAUUUCAACAACUUCUAAUACUACCACGACUGCAAGGACGUCGACAAUGUUCAGAGAAACGAAUAUCCAUAAAUGAAGUAAAACGUUAUAUAAUUGAUACAUUUAUUGGUGAUUAUGGGAACUAAACUAGGACAUUGUUUAAAUAAUUUUAGUUUGUUUUUCUAGUGAUAUGUAUUAACUAUUAUUUGUAUUAUUACUAUAGUAAUUAUUAUUAAUGCUAUUUAUUAUUGAGAACUUUUUGUGAAACGAAACAAUAAACUAAGGCAUCCACACAGAACAUUUUUGCUACAAACCAAAAAAAAAAGAAAUGAAAUGAAACCAAAACAUAUUUAAAUUAACAACUGAUGAGCAUUGUAGUAAGAUUCUGAGAAAAUAUAUUAUGAAUAUAUUUUUCAUAUAUUUUAAAAAUCUAUAAUAAAAUAAAAACGCAUACUAGCAUACAACAAUAAAUGUAAUUGAUUAUAUUAUCUAUA